UGGAAGAUAUUCUGACAAGAAUGAAGAAGAAAGGGAUGGAAACGCAGAAGGAUGAACACCCAUCUGUCGAGAAGCCUGUGAAGAAGAGGAGCGAUGGCUCGAAGAAGCCCCAGGCCACAUUGCCUUCUAGUAAACGGGUGAAGUCUACCUCUGAUGGACGCCUCCUACGCCGCCCAAAAGCCCAGGUCACGUUACCUCCGGCUGUGGAAGAAACGGAGUCGCUCCAGAAGCUGUACAAUCUCCUGGAAGCCAAGGAGUUUAAGACACGGAUGGAAGGAGUGGCACUCCUCCUAGACCUGUGCAAAAGCCGCCCCCAGCUCGUCUCCACUAACACUGUCCAAAUUUUUGAUUAUUUUGUCCCGAGACUUGGUGAUACGCACAAGAAAGUGAAGCAGAAGGCGCUGGACGUGCUGGCUGAAAUCGUAGGCAUCCUGAAAGAUGGCUUAAACCCGGUGAUCAUCUGUCUGGUUGAAGGAAUAACAAACAACCUAAACUCAAAGGACCCCGGGGUUUAUGCCGCAGCUGUGAAAGCACUGGAAGAAUCCAUGGCUCACUUAGAUCCACACAGGUAA